AUGUCUGACAAACCCGAUAUGGCUGAGAUUGGGAAAUUGAUGUCAAGAUUGAAGAAAACAGAAAUGCAAGAGAACGUCUUCUGCCUUCACAAAGAAACGAUUGAACAGGAGAAGCAAGGAGAGAACGGACAAUGA